AUGUACGCCUUCUACUCGCUGCUCAUCUACAUCUUCUACAGCCUCUUUCGCAGGGAUGGCGGGGCCGCGGCGGCCGCCGACCCUGGGAACCCCGCCCAGAGUGCCCGCGGCAAGCCCGGGGGUCGCCGCCGCCCCGACAAGCCCACCGCAGAGCUGUGGACCGAGCUGACCGGCCUGGUCGGCAGCUCGGGGUCCGAGGAUGGGCCGGGAGGGGCAGCGGAGGGCCGUCCGGCCGAGGUCUCACUGGAAGAGGCUCUCGUGCGUCUUGCGGAGUUCCUGUCAGUCCAGCUGGGGGCGGAAGAGAGCUUCGGGAAUUCUGCCGACCUGAGCAAGCCUGGUGAUGUUCCCCCACUGUUGACGGUGACUGGUCAGCUCUUGGCCCUCCUGGCAUGGAUUCGGAGCCCCAGGGGGAGGCAGGUCCUGCCCCAGGCGACGCAGCCAGCCUCAGGGGUGCAGCCCCCCACUCCUACUGGAUCCCCAUCCCAAGAAGAAAGCCCUUCCAUUUCACCAAGGGGUGAGGCCCAGGGGCAGCACCCUCCUCAGUUAGAGGAGGACCAGAGAGCUUGGCAGCGGCUGGAACAGCUUAUCCUUGGACAGCUGGAAGAGCUGAAGCAGCAGCUGGAACUGCAGGAGAAGGAGCUGGGCCAGCUGCGUGUGGGAGUGGGGGCGACAGACUCGGAGAAAAGGGUUCAGCAUCUGACUCUGGAAAACAAGGCCCUGAAACAGAGCCUGAGCCUUACUCGGGACCUUCUGCUGCACUGGGGCCCUGCCCCCGCCAACAGGGCCCCCCAGGAGCAGGAGGAGGCAGAGGCACUGCUGCAGCUCCGGGGCCGGCUUCAGGAGGCCCAGGACACCACAGAAGCUCUCCGAGUCCAGCUAGGGGUGCAGGAGGUGCAGCUGCAGGGCCUUCGGGGGGCCCUCCGGCAGCUCCAGCAGGAGACCGAGGAGAACUGCAGGAGGGAGCUGCAGCAGGUGCGCGCGCAGCUGGCAGGACUUCGUGCUCGCAUGGCCAGCUUGCGUCAGGGCUGUGGGGACCUCCGAGGACUGGUCAGCACUUUUACCCAGAGCUGCCAGGGUUCGCUGAGCGAAGCCCGGGGCCAGGUAUCGUGGGCGCUGGGGGCACUGUCAGCGGGCGGGGCUGGGACUCAGCUCCUGGAAGCACAGCAGGGGCCCCCAACUGGAUGCCCAGGGCGGCUGCUGGAGCUCAAGGGAAACAUCCGUGUGCUCUGUCGGCUGAGGCCAGGGACACCGUCCAACUUGGUGAGCUUAGAGCCCGGUCCGGGUGGCACUGUCACCACCCGCUAUCGAGGGCACCGGCGUCGCUUCCGCCUGGACUGGGUCUUCCCUCCACACGCCAGCCAGGAGGAGGUCUUCAGGGAGCUGGAGUCGGCUGUGCUGUCAUGCCUCGGAGGCUACAGUGUCUGCAUUUUCACCUAUGGUCAGACAGGGACGGGAAAGACCUACAGCAUGGAGGGCCCGCCUGAGGACCCUGGCAUAGCUCCUAGGGCGCUGCAGUCACUGUUCCGGGAGAUGGGAACAGGGGGACAGCACCACGUGACCCUCAGCAUGGUGGAGAUCUACAACGAGGCUGUCAGGGACCUCCUAGCCCCAGGGCCUCCCCAGCGCCUGGCAGUGAGGCAGGGCCCAGCAGGCGAAGGGGGGAUCCAGGUGGCUGGCCUCACCCACUGGGACGUGCCCAAUCUGGAGUCGUUGCACCAGAUGCUGAACCUGGGGAGGAGCAACCGGGCCACCGCCGCCACAGCCAUGAACCAGCACAGCUCUCGUUCGCACGCCCUGGUCACGCUGACGCUGCGCACGGCGUCCCCAUCAAGCGGUCCCGGCACCGCAGGCACGCUGCACCUAGUGGACCUGGCAGGGUCCGAGCGCGCCUGGAAAGCAGGGGCGGCCGGCACGUCGCAUGAAGACCGGGACGGCGCUCAGCGUCUGCGGGAGGCUCGGACCAUCAACCGCUCGCUGCUGGCGCUGGGAGGAGUGAUGGCCGCGCUGCGGGCCCGCCGGCCACACGUGCCUUUCCGCGACUCGCAGCUCACGCGCCUGCUGCAGCCCGCACUGGGCCCCGGCGCCACCGCUGUGCUGCUGCUGCAGGUCUCCACGCGGCCCGAGGAUCUCGGCGAGACCGUGUGCUCGCUCAAGUUCGCCGAGCGAGUGGGGCGAGUGGAGCUGGGGCCUGCUAGGCCCCGCAGGGCCCCGCGCUCCGGGACGCCCUCCUCCUUGAGCACCGACACACCACUCUCUGGGACCCCCUGCACCGCCACGCCCUCGCCGGGCAGCCCUCCAAGCCCCGGCCUGGACAGCGGCUCCAGCUCGGCCCUGGCACCGCCGGAGGACCUGCCUUCGUAGUCCUGCCCGAGGAGUCUAG